AUGCUAGUGGUUUAUGAUUCUGGUGCCUGUGGGCAAUGUGCUCUUGGCAAUCAACCCGUAAAGUUGCCAAUUUCAUCUAGUCAUCUGUCUCUAGUCCGAGCUUUCCAGCUGGCAUUUUCUCUUAGGAGCAUCUCUCAAAAUAAUGAUUAUCACUUGCAGCCAUCUCAUAGAAGGUCUCUGUAUACAUUAUCAUCAUCCAUGCUCAUCUUGUCAGCAAAAUUAGGAGAUCUUCCAGAUUUAGCUUUUUUCAUUGAAGCACAUACCGCAGGUGAAAUGGCUGAUCCUUACCUUCAUCUUGUCGAAGAUGGCAGACUUUUGGCAGUUUGUGUAAGAUAUCCUUCUAGGAAGGUAAUCUAUGGGUCCGAAGAAGAUAAGUUUGCUGCGUUGAAGUUCAUAGAGUCCAUUAAGAGUAAUGAUGAUCAAUUAAGAGAAACUGUCUUAUCUCAUUUAUUGAAGAAGUAUAAAAGAUUACCUGAGCAAGAGUUAAUGAGCAUUACGGAACAACUCCAACAAGAAUUUUCAUCUGAUGUCUUUCCUCUUGGAACUCCAGCGUUCAUGGAUACACCCAUUGUUUUGUCUCCAUCUGAUCAAAAGGAAAAUGAAACUUUUGAUGAGGUUUUGGUUCCUGCUCUCCAAGAAGAUGAACCAUUUUUUGAGGCAUACAAAGGUCACUUAGACCAUAAUACUGUAGAAUCUAAAAAUUCAGUGGAUGUUCUUAAUGUCAACCAACUUAUCGAAUCAGUAAGUCGAAUGUGUAAGAAUUCAUACUUGCGUGACCUUAUUAUUCUUUAUGACCAGUAGCCUUCCUCUUCUUUU